AUGAUUGAUAUCUUGAAUAUUACCGGUGAACCGAUCUUUGACGAUCGCAUCGUCAAGAUCGAGACUCACACGUACAACCCGUUCGCCAACACAACGUUCGGGUACAGCGACGAGAUAAGAGGUAUGUUCUUUUUGAUGACGGUGCAUGCACUUUCUGUACCUAGUGCAAGGUACAAGAAUUUUUGUACCAUCUUUCGAGGCGGUGCAGCGUAUGGUACAGUGGAUAUAAUUUUGAGAUUGCGCACUACACCGGGGCUACGUGUUUUGAUACUUAACCUUUCAAGGCAGUGUGAGAAGUCGUUAACUCAUUACCGGAUAACACCGUGUAUUGGAAAGUGCAUGCAUUUCCAGAAAACAAUGGAGAGGAAAGAAAGCACUUUCUUUAUAGAUUGUGAUGCAAAUGAUUUCAUUUAUGACGAACAAGGAUUUUUAAUCGGUGCCUCUAAAGAUGGCACUGUACAAUUUGUUGUAAACCCAAAAAACAUUGACGUAUCUGCAAAUCAGUUAUUAGUGAACAUUGAUAACUCUUUUGAAGCUGUUAUUGAUUUACGACAAUAUAAACAAUAUUUUGAAAAACUUACUUCAUCGACAUUACUCUCUAGUCAGAACAAUUGUGAUAUAAGCAAUGAUGUCGGAUCCGAAAGUUUUGAGAACGAAGAUAUCGGGACAAUUGUGUGGAAUGAAAGUAGCACAAAAUUCUUUUUGGCUUUAUUUAAAGAAAAAAGAGAAGAUGUAACAAGCAGAAAAAUAAAGAAUCUUAAAAAAAUGUGGGAAAUUAUAGCCACAGAAAUGACUAUAAAUGGAUAUAGUGUUACAGCACGACAAGCUGAAAAUAAAAUGAAAAGUUUAAAUCGUUCAUAUAAGAAUAUGAAAAGUCAUAAUAAAAAAACAGGACGUAAUAGAGCUGAUUGUUCAUACCGAAGGGAAUUAGAUGAUAUUUUAGGAAAAAAACAUAACAUUGAGCCUUUAGUAGUAUGUGGAAAUAGAAUUGGAACAAAAUUAAAAGAGGUCGAAGAAAGACCAGUAUUAUGUGAAAAUAGAAUCGGAACAUUAUUAAAAGAGGUCGAAAAAACAUCAAAUUAUAAAGCGUCAUCUUCUCGAUAUUCCGCAGGUGAAGAUCUUGACAUCAUGCAAGAAGAAAAUGGAACAAUUACCGAGAAUAUUGAUAAAGAGAACUGUGAUAUUGUUACUAUAAAUGCUAGAAAUUGUGCAAACAUUGAUAGUAAUAGUACAGAUGUAAACGAUACUAGUCAUGUAAAAACAAAAAAGAAAAGACCAAAUAACAUCGAUGUAAUCAAAGAUACCAUUAGCACUAUUGGGGAAGAAUUCAGAAUGAGAAGGAAGGAAUCCAAAGACUUUCAAAAAAAAUAUUUGGAAUUGCAAGAAAACAAAACUCCAGUAAGAGAAGAAAGAAAUAAUAUUUUAAAGGAAAAGAAUGUUAUAUUGCUGGAACAGAACAAAUUAUUAAAAAAUCAAAAUUCUGUACUGCAGGCAAUUUUAUUAGAACUAAAAGAACUCAACAACUCAACUUAG